AUGAAGUCCCAAUUGAUCCUCGCAUCCGCCGCUGGGCUCGUCAGCCCGGUCGCGUCCACCCACGUUGACCUGCCCCUCCCCCCAAUGGGCUUCAACAACUGGGCUCGCUUCACCACGCAUAUCAAUCAGUCCAUCUUCACCGACGCGGCGACGGCCAUGGCCGCCAAUGGCAUGCUCGCCGCCGGCUACAACCGGCUGAACCUCGACGACGCCUGGUCCAUGCGCGAGCGCGCCGCCAACGGCUCCAUGGUCGUCGACCCCGUCAAGUUCCCGCAGGGCCUGCCCUGGCUCGCAAGCUUCAUCAAGGACAAGGGCUUCAUCCCGGGCAUCUACACCGACUCGGGCACCCUGUCCUGCGGCGCCUACCCGGCCGCCUACGGCCACGAGGCUAUCGACCUCAAGGAUUUCUCCGACUGGGGCUACGAGUACCUCAAGAUGGACGGCUGCAACGUGCCUGGCGGCGACGAGGCCGCGUACCGCCACCUAUACUUUGACGUCUGGCGUGACCUGCUCCUCAAGUUCCCCAAGCCCGUCGUCUUCUCCAACUCGGCGCCCGCGUACUUUUGCGGCGCCGACAACCUCACCGACUGGUACACCAUCAUGGGCUGGUCGCAGGAGAUGGGCCAGCUGGCGCGCCACUCGGACGACAUCAUCAACUACGACGCCAAGGGCAGCGCCUGGGACAGCCUCAUGACCAACUACUACCAGCACGUCCGUCUCGCCCGCUACCAGCGCCCGGGCUUCUUCAACGAUCCGGACUUCCUCAACACCGACCACCCGAGCUACACCCUCGAGGAGAAGAAGACGCACAUGGCGCUGUGGUCGUCCUUCUCCGCGCCCCUCAUCGUCAGCGCCGACAUCCCGAACCUGACCAAGGAUGAGCUAGACAUCCUGCUCAACAAGGACCUCAUCGCCAUCGACCAGGAUCCCCUCGUGCAGCAGGCGACGCUCGUCAGCUCCAGCACAACUUGGGAGGUGCUGACCAAGAACCUAGCCAACGGCGACCGCGUGCUCACGGUGCUGAACAAGGGCGAUGCGGCGGGUGACCACACGGUGCCCUGGGCCAGCAUCGGCAUCCAGACGGACCGCGUCAAGCCGGGCACCGCGCUGGGCGUCAAGGAUCUCUGGACCGGCAAGAUGGAGCAGGUCAAGCUCAGCGCCGGCGGCGUCACGGCCAAGGGCGUCGGCGCCCACGGCACCGCCGUGUUCCGCAUCUCCGGCGCCAUGGGCGGCUCUGACCACCCCAUCGUACUGCCCACCGGCCUCAUCUUCAACACCUUCUCGCUCAAGUGCCUCUCAGACGACAAGUCCGGCAAGGUCACUUGGAAGGCGUGCGACGGAUCCGACAGCCAGACGUGGAAGGUCAGCGACGACGGCCACGUCAACAGCCUGCUGCGCCCCGACGAGUGCCUCACCGACGUCCAGGGCAAGCUGCUGAGUCGGCACUCGGCCUGCCACACGGACGCGUGGAAGUACUUCAACAGCGGCAACCUCGUCAACGGCAACUCGAACCGCUGCUUGACGGAGGAGGCGGACGGCUCAGCGACGGUCGCCGACUGCGGCUAUGCGACAAACGAGCAGGUUGUCGGCCUUCCUGCUGGUGCCAAGGUCAUCGAGACUGCUUACUAUAAGAACUGA